AUGCCCGAAGCAGCCGUCAAGUCGAAAAAGAGCAAGAAGAACAAGGGCACUGCAAAAAACAAGGAAGCCCAUGUCAAGGUCAAGGACGGAGAAGAAGAAGGGCCUUCGAGUGAACAAAUUGAUAAUCUCUCUGACACCCAGGGAGCCGAUGACUCCCAGCCACCUACGAUAGCUCAGGCUACACCUGUUGGGGCUUCUCUAAGAAAUAAAAUCGAGUACAACCAAUCGAAAGGAUCUGCGGAUCCGAAAUUCCAUGAUGAUGAUGCACACGGCAAAGAAAUUGAAGAUCCGGGGUCACCCUCGUCGGACCGGUUUGACGCUCUUGUUCGAGAUCGAGACUCUCUCCGCGCCGAAGUCAUAGACAUGCGCAAAUCUUUGGAGGAAAUACAGCUCAAACACAGCGCAGAGAUGGAAGCUCUUCAACAGAAAUUGGACGAUGCCGAAACCAAGAAGGAGCACGCAGAGACACAAUUUCAGAAGCUCCUGGAAAGAGUGAACACCAUCAAAGCGCAGCUGGGCGAAAGGCUCAAAGAAGAUGCUGAAGAAAUUGCGCAAGCCAACUCCAAGAUCGAGGAGCUCGAGCAACAGAAUUCAAGCUUGAGAGAUACCUUGGACGCGAAAAACUCGGAGCUGGCAGAACUCACCCAAGAUAACGAGCAGAAGUCAAAUGAAAUCGCUACACUGAGAAGUCGAAGUAACCUGUCCCAGCAGAAUUGGUUAAAAGAAAAGGAGGAGCUUUUGGAACAAGAAUCAUAUCUGCAGUCCGAGUUCGAGCAAGCAAAAGAAGCCAUGCAUAACUGGGAAAUACUCGCUAUGGAGGAGCGAUCCAUAAGAGAGAGCCUCGGUGAAAAGGUCAUCGACCUUGAAGAGCAGCUGGUUGCUCUUAAGGACUCGUACGAGAAAGUCGCUUCCGAGCGUGAUUCUCAGAUAGCCACCGUGGACGGUUUACAACGUGCUUUGCAAGAGAUUCAAUCAGCUCGGAAACAAGAGCUCCGUGACCUCGUAGAAAGCUCGAACACUCAGCUUGAGGAGCUAAGGCGGGCUCUCCAAGGCGCCGAGACGAAAGCUUGUGAGGCCGAGGAAGCUCUUCAGGCUGCCCAGAAGGAGCUUGAAAGGGUAAAACCGUUUGAAAAAGAAGUUAAGGAGAAGAAUCUCCUGAUCGGGAAGUUAAGACACGAGGCUGUGACACUGAACGACCAUCUCACCAAAGCCUUACGAUUCCUCAAAAAAGGCAGAGCUGAGGAUAAUGUCGAUAGGCACAUCGUUACAAAUCAUUUGUUGCACUUUCUCGCCCUUGAUCGAUCAGAUCCGAAGAAGUUUCAAAUACUGCAGCUUAUCGCAGCUCUCCUGGGGUGGACGGACGAGCAGCGCGAGCAAGCAGGCCUUGCACGCCCAGGAACAUCAAGUACCGCCGGCAAGCUCAAAAUACCGAGUAUAUCCAUGCACCGUACACCCAGCACACCUACCUUAGCCACAGAUUUCCUGGACCACGGGAACCCGAGCAAAGAGUCUCUGGCCGAACUCUGGUCCAAUUUCCUAGAGCAGGAGUCACAGGCUAGUGGGAAUCUAGAAUCGCCGAAACCCUGA